UACGAUCAGCGCGACGGGGGGCCUGUGACGAGGCGGAAAAGGCUCGGCUUGAGUCAGCGAGGAGAAGGCGGCUACUGCGUGGUGGGACUGGAAAGGCAGACGGGGCACUGGGCCCAGCAAUAUUUCAGAGAUGGCAGAGCAUGGGAUCUCCAGGGGCCAACAAGUGGCAGUGGUUUGGGAUAGCCACUCCUCCACUGAGGAGCUCCAGAGUCUUGUACAGAACAUCCAAGCUAUUGUUGGAGCGGAAGGUCGAGUAUCUGUAGAAAACAUCGACCAAUUGCUACAGUCAUCCCAUAAGGAGUCCAGUUUUGACGUGGUUCUGUCUGGACUGGUACCUGGCAGCUCAACAGUACACAGUGCAGAAGUUCUGGCUGAAAUAGCUCGGAUAGUCAAGCCAGGGGGCCGUAUCCUCCUGAAAGAGGUGGUGACAACAGAAACAGGUAACAACAGCAGACUCAAGUCAAUAAGCAAGCUACCCACAGCUUUGAAGCUUUCUGGGCUGGUGGAAAUAAAGGAGCUCCAGAAGGAGCCUUUAACCUCAGAGCAAACCCAAUCUGUCCAGGAGCGUCUGGGUUUGCAGUGCAAUGACCUCCUCUCAGUUCAGAUUGAAGGCAAGAAACCCAAGUUUGAAGUGGGAUCAUCACAUCAACUCAAACUUUCCUUUGCCAAGAAACCUGCUCCAGUUGAAAAGCCAGCGCUGGAUUCCACUGCUGCAAAGCUCUGGACACUUUCUGCCAAUGAUAUGAAUGAUGAGGACAUGGAUCUGCUGGAUUCAGAUGAGCUUCUGGAUCCUGAGGAUUUGAAAAAGCCAGAUCCAGCUUCCCUCAAAGCCCCCACCUGUAAGGAAUCUGGGAAGAGGAAAGCCUGUAAGAACUGCACCUGCGGUCUUGCUGAAGAACUGGAGCAGGAGAAGAAGAGCCAGCAGCCCAAAUCUGCUUGUGGCAAUUGUUACCUGGGGGAUGCAUUCCGCUGUGCCAGCUGCCCUUACCUGGGCAUGCCAGCCUUCAAACCUGGGGAAAAGAUCCUGCUGAAUGAGAAUAACCUUCAUGAUGCCUGAGAGAGGGACAGCACCAAGCCUCCUUUAGUCUCUUCGUUGUUCUGCUGACACAACCCACAUACUGGGAAAUUCUUUAAUAAAGAGGAAGAAGAGAGGGGACUUCGUUGGGGGCAGUGGAAAACUAUCAGACGAGCUGCUCUAAACUCAAAGGAAGGAUUUUGCUUUCCGAAAUACGUAGCUUCUGAGUAGCCGAUCAUUCUCAAUGUUCACUUGUAUCCUGUUUAGUUGAACACCUAGGUGCUGGCCAUCAUAUUCCCUGUAGACAAAAGGACUAUAGUGGCAAUUAGCAUCACCUCAUCCUGGAAAUUUUGGGGCAGCUUCAAAGUACUUCCUUUUCUUACUGAGCCACAUGAAGAUCCUGUUUAUUUUUACUUUUGCCUGCCAAAUGCAAUGCUACAAAGCAUAAUACAGUGUAGAUUAAGAAAGUUGCACAGUAUGUAUUUCCUCUCAGUUUUGUGCCACUGUAAUGGCAUGAGGAUCUGAAAUUAAACCCAUAAAAUAAGCAA